AUGCCUCUCGUCAAACCGCAACUUCUGCCUCGCACCAGGAUGAAGACCGUCCUGACCACCCUUGCCAUGGGCGGCAUAGGUCUUGGCGUCAUCACAGUCAUGAGGCGAAGCUAUUCUCAGGCCGCAUCUGGAACACCCCCUGCGGUCUUCGCCGGUGGACCGGCAUUUGUUUCCUUGCCUCUCGAGAGCAGCGAGGUCGUGAGCCAUGAUACCAAGCGCCUACGAUUUAUAUUUCCGCAGAACGAUGCGGUUAGCGGGCUGUCAUUAACAUCGGCUGUCUUGACCAUGUCAUGGCCAAAGGGGAAAUGGCUCCCUGUCGCGAGGCCGUACACCCCCAUUAGCGGAACAGAUGACACUGGUUUCCUUGAUCUUCUAGUCAAGCAAUACCCAAAUGGCAAACAGAGUACACACCUCCAUUCGCUCCAGCCUGGCCAGACCCUACUUUUCGCCGCCGCGAUUAAGCGAUAUCAGUGGCAGCCCAACAGCUUCCCACAAGUGACGCUGAUCGCGGGAGGUGCGGGCAUCACGCCAGUCUGUCAACUCGCACGCGGCAUUUUGCGAAACCCCCAAGACAAAACAGCCAUCAAUCUCAUUUUUGGCGUUAAUUCCGACGAGGACCUGUUGUUGAAGGAGGAGUUCGAUGGCUACGAGAGGGAGUUUCCUGGCCGAUUCAAAGCAACCUAUGUAGUCAGUCAUCCCAAAAAGGCGUCACCGUUCCGUAAAGGCUACAUCACGGAAGAGCUUCUCCGCGGGCUCGCGCCGCGUCCGGCGAAUGGAAACACAAAGGUUUUUGUGUGCGGACCGCCGGCUAUGGAAACUUCGCUAGUGGGUAAGAGAGGAAAGACGGGCGCUCUGGAACGUCUCGGGUACUACAGGAGCCAAAUACAGGUAUUUUAG